AAUCAACAACUGACUCAAAACAGUUUGUGUCGAAACUUUUUUUCCGGUACUUUUCCGGUGGAACUUUUCAUCUAACGUUUCAUGAUAACGUGAUUUCCAACGGGACGCUAAUUAAAUUCACGAAUUCUAUUUUUACACAUUUAAUGCAGACCGUGGUAGUUGAACGUAGAUAUAAUACAUUGAUGUGUUAAUUGCCUGUAAAAUUUUAUGUUCUCGUGCUAAAAUAUUGAACAUAUUAUCUCGGCCGUUUUAUUAAGUCGAGUCUCAAAACGUGUGUCGAAAAAAACGUACGUAAUUGCAAUGAACAAUUUAUAUAAGAAAUUAAAAAUUUCAAACGACUUUACACGCUCAACUUAUCACUCGUUGCCGUCCGAGCUCAUUGACGUGUCGUUAAAGAAAUAUUUAUGUGAAUGUAAAAAAAUGUUAUUGUUUAUUCAUAAAAACAUGGCAACAACAGCAUCAAAGUGCGAAUGCGCUAUAGUAAUGGGGCGAAAAGUGUGAAUUGUAUGAUUAAGUCCUAUAAAUCAUGUAAACAACAUGAAAAAAAACGAUACUAAACAAAUUAAUGCAAAAGCCCUUAGACGAUGUAAACAAUGGGUCGCAUAAUAAUCUAAACAUCUGUUGAACGUUCAGCUCGGCCGAGUCAUAUCAAAGAUAAUCAUUUUUUCUGGUGCACGUGAUUUGUGUAAUGUAGCUGCCAUUUAAAUAUGGCAAAUGGAGAUUAACACUCACUCAAGUAGUUCAGUUCAGUGCUUUUGACGCAUACGUCGAAAAAAAAAUCACGUCAAAGUAGAACGCACCAAAAAAUAGUGUUCAAAAAUGAAAUGUCGCAAUAAAAUAAUGUUGAUUUUGAUUGUUGAUACCCUUGAUUAUCGUGGCUUAAAAAAACAAAUGAAACUGCGCGAUAUUACAUUUUUAUCAAAAAGUAAAUUGGCAAAUAGAAACAGCGUCAACGAAUAUUAAAAAAAAAUGUUAGCAGUGAUUUUGAAAAGAGACAACAGCAACACAACAACAACAAGCGAUGAGUCGAAACACAAAGAACUACGCAUAUUGACGCAUCAAAUAGCGUCGGUAUAUAAAAGCGUUUGCGAGAUGUUCGUUUUUUUGUUGUUCAAUUUUGCUGUUGCUUUUGUUGUUGACUUCUUUUAUCUUUACAUUGUUUUUUCGCUGCUGCUGCUGCACAUUAAAACAACGUUCGAUUGUGUGGCUAUGUGCAAAACGGCAUGCAGUUAAUCAACACAUGCAAAAAAUAUCUCUCUCUCGGUUCUGAACAUAAAAUGCCAAAGCACGGCGCGAGACACCGACAUCGCGGUAUUUCUGUUUGUUUAUUCUCCAUUCCGUUCGGUUCGUCAUGCUCAUAUAUACGCUCUUCGCCACACAAACACAUCCAUGCGACGGAGAGGUGGCUGUUUACGUUGUAUACGCAAAGAAACAUUCACAACUCAGAGCAAGCUAUAUACACGAGGUUACUUCGUUCGUUAGUCGACUGUGAUGUUUUCAGUUUUACACUUUCCGUUGGUACGUACAGUUGAUUUGCGUAUAACUAUACACUAAACAGUCGAAAACUUAGUCUGACAUUUAUUUCCUAAAGCCAUAAAAUCAAAAUAAGUGAAGUAACAUGUCUUGGAUGUAACAAAAGAAAAUAAACUGCCCCACCAAAUCUAAAUUUUAUAAAAACAGCAAGCAGACAUUUUUUAAAUACAUAAAUACUGUGUGCAAAGACAUAACAAUUUGAAAUUGUUUCAAGUGGAAUCUGAGUUGGCUGUCUUCAGAGAGGUGUCAAUGAACGAACGAUUUUUUUUUUCAGUCACUUUUAGCUGCAUUUAUUAAAACAAACUAAAUGUAUUGGUGGAAUUGCGAGUGUAUUGCAUUGUGAUCUCACGAAAAAAAAGAACGGCUACAAACAUUUUGCAUUCGUGUUAAUCGUACGAUUGCUUCUUCAGUUUCCAUUGAACGUGAAAGUUUGAUUCAAGCAAAUUUGUACGGAGUUCACAAGGAGUCCGAUAUCAGACAGCGAUAUAAAUAUGGAUGUGUAUAAUAUGUAUGUCGGUGAUUGUGUAUCAACCUAUCGAAAUAAUAUGUUUCGAGACUAUGAGAAACAUCCAUAUGGCACUUUCGAGGGGAAUGGCCAACAACCUCAGCAACAACGAAAGAGCUAUUAUACCAUGGUCCAAGAAAAAUUGCAACGUGCACGUGAGAUGGCAAAACCGAAAAAGGGCUCGUGCCCAUUUUGCAAGGAGGAGAAAAAGCGUCCGCUCAAUGCUUACUUGCGCAAGCGAUCUCUGGAGAAAAACACAGGAAAAAUCUGCGAAGAAGACGAUGAAGAGGAUCAAUCAAAGUGCUGCUCGAGCUCCCAUCAAGAGCAUGCUUCCAACAACAAAUAAGAUCGAUCGCAACACAAACACCACACUUGAAGAAUCCUUUUAUCAUAAAUUGUCCUAUAUCGAUUAGUUAGAUUCUAAGUGAAAGUAAAUCGAAUUUUCCAUCUUCAUCCGAGAAAACCGAAACAGCGGUAGCUAACAAUCGAAAAAAACUCAAAUCGUUAUACAAACAUUCGUGCCCUGUGCAAAACAUUUAAAGGGACGGAUAUCAGUCAAAAAAAAAAAUUUCAUUCAGCCAGAAAUCAUAAAAAGAAAAAUAAAUAAACACCAAACCUUCUUCUUAUCGAACACUGAUAAUGGUGAAUGAAUGAAGAGCAAAUCUCCCAAAACACAACAACAACAACAACAAAAAGACUGAUCGGUCAUGUAAAUCAUCGAACAAAUGUCACACACUUAGCCGCUUGCCGGCAAAUGGAAAAUGCGAUUUUUUCUAUUUGUUUGUUCUAAAUCUCCAUGUUACUGUUAGAAAGUAUAUAUAUAUAUAUUAUUUGUGUAUUUGCAGAAAUAAUUAUUGAUAAGUUGCUUCGUCUACAUUAGACUAAAUAAUAACAUUUAUACUGUUUUUUUUGUUGAUAAUCUAUAAGUUUUUUUCCCACUCGGCAUGCUUUGAUAGAAUCAUAUACAGUAGAACCUCGAUUAUCCGUCCUCCCAUUAUCCGUCACCUCCGUUAACCGUCACACCUUUUCAAGGUGGAAAAGUUUUUUUUCAGUUCAUUUUUCAGUUUAUUUCACUUGAACAUACGAAUAAAGUUGCCAACUAACUUUCAUAAUCAAAAUCAAUUGUGUGCCCCUUGUACAUUUGCACAAUAAGAUUUGAAAUCAGAGGCUUUGCGUUUUCGGUACACUUCUCGUAUAUACAAGAUUGUCCAAUAUUUUGGACAAUGCACCAAAUCUGUUCUCAUAUCUGUUGUAUAUUUUUUACAUCACCUUGUUUUUCAUUAUAAACUAAUUAGAGAGUAUGGAAAUUUGGAUUAUUUUGUUCUAUUUAUAUGAAAGUCUCGAUUAUCCGUCUUUUUCGAUUAUCCGUCAAUGCGCUGGUCCGGUGCCUGACGGAUAAUCGAGGUUGUACUGUACUUCAAAAUUGUGAUUGCAACGAAUUUAUGCCAACCACCUUUUCUUCUGUCAUCCAAGUGGGUGUGUAGCAUUGCGUCAAACUAGCCAGACGUUCACAGUUUUUUUCUGUAAUCACAUGAUGUUUUUUUUUUUGCAAAAAAAUGAUUUAAUCGAUGAUGUCGAUCAUCCUUAAGCAUUAAAUUUGCCAUUGCGAGAAAAAAAACCAUUUGGUUCUUAUCAAUCCAAGCUCAAAAUCUAUUAAAUGUAGCACACGCCGAGUUCACUUUUUUCUCUCGUCUCAUACUUCAUAUUUAAAUACGAGAACACAAUAUACAACUUAUAUACACAAUUUAUUGAAAAAUGUACGAAAAUAUUUUACAAAAAUAAACGGUGUAUGAAACAAUUGGAUCGAAAUCAGUAUUUCAAGCGAAAUUUGGGUUGUUUUGUUUCAAUUUUUAAAGUUCACGA